AUGGGUACCCUGGUGAUUCUACUUUUAGCAUCCGUUAUAUUUUGGCCAAAGCCUGGGACAUCCUACUUGUCACACAACACCUCUUUGCUCAAGGCUGGGACAUCGUACCUGUCACACAACACCCCUUUGCUCAAGGCUGGGACAUCCUACUGUCACACAACACCUCUUUGCUCAAGGCUGGGACAUCCUACUGUCACACAACACCCCUUUGCUCAAGGCUGGGACAUCCUACCUGUCACACAACAUCCCUUUGCUCAAGGCUGGGACAUCCUACCUGUCACACAACAUCCCUUUGCUCAAGGCUGGGACAUCCUACCUGUCACACAACAUCCCUUUGCUCAAGGCUGGGACAUCCUACCUGUCACACAACAUCCCUUUGCUCAAGGCUGGGACAUCCUACCUGUCACACAACAUCCCUUUGCUCAAGGCUGGGACAUCCUACUGUCACACAACACCCCUUUGCUCAAGGCUGGGACAUCCUACCUGUCACACAACAUCCCUUUGCUCAAGGCUGGGACAUCCUACCUGUCACACAACAUCCCUUUGCUCAAGGCUGGGACAUCGUACCUGUCACACAACACCCCUUUGCUCAAGGCUGGGACAUCCUACCUGUCACACAACAUCCCUUUGCUCAAGGCUGGGACAUCGUACCUGUCACACAACACCCCUUUGCUCAAGGCUGGGACAUCCUACUGUCACACAACAUCCCUUUGCUCAAGGCUGGGACAUCCUACUGUCACACAACAUCCCUUUGCUCAAGGCUGGGACAUCCUACCUGUCACACAACAUCCCUUUGCUCAAGGCUUGGAGUGAAGUGGGGGUAGGGUAAGAGCAGCUUACCAGUGAAGGUUUAUGGGAAGACAAUGUAUCGCCUGGUGAUUCUACUUUUAGUGUCCGCUAUGUUUUGGACAAAGCCUGGGGCAUCCUACCUGUCACGCAACACCACUUUGCUAGGAGUGAGGAGUUGGGUGGGGAAAUGGUAAAAGCAGAUCACGUGUGAAGGAUGGUAGGAAGACUAAUGUAUUUCCUGUGGGUUCAAUCCACAAAAUGUCUACCAUAUUAGACAUAUUGGGUGCCAUAAUUAAACUGAAAUGCCACAAUCUUACUAUUCUGCAUAAUACGCACAUCGGUUAGCAUGAAAACGCGCGAUAAUGGGAUGUAGGGCGAGAGGGCUCAAAUAAAUGCUACAAUAAACUGAUAAAAGGAAGAUAUGUAUGACUAUGGCGCAUAUCAUGUAAAGCGCAAAAGUUGGCACUCAUUGAUGAUGUUCACAAGUAGAGCGAGUUGCCUAUUGGGAAUAUAAAGAAUCGUUGAUCUACUCUAUCGACCGCUUUAAACGAGACGUACAUGGGAGUUAUCGCAAAAUAUUGUCUCGUGUUCUUAAUCAACGUCUUGCGUGCACUACUUGCGCGAGAACAAAAGCAGUGGCUCCAAUGUAGUGGGCUGUAAAAUGAAUAAUUAUCACUUGAAAGAUAAUCCUAUGCGUUUAUUUGAACGCAGAGAUACUUCCAUAGUUUAAAAACAGCUAAAUAGAAUGCUUGAUACGCACAUCAUUAUUGAUAUAUGAAACACAAACUGAAUAAAUACAAUACAAACUGGGUGUCAGUGGGUAAAUAAAACGUCAACAGUCAGCAAUGUGAUAUUGUAAAAUAGCACAUGUAUUUGCGAGCUAACUAGUAUAUAUGAUCACGAAUUAAAUUAUGCUCGAUA